GUUCGAAGGAGAGUGGUGUUGCGCAACUAGUGGUUCAUCAACGAGUGGUGGUUGCAGUGAAAACGACAGAAAUACUUCAUUGACAAUUGCUAUGGGAGAAAAUUAAAGAUCGGCCAAGAUAAGAGAGAAAGAAAUUCGCCAAAUAAGAAAAGAAAAAAAAAUCAGUCAAAAUGCCUGAAAACAGAAAUUCUCUACAGGAAGACUUGUUCCCAUCCUCCCUGACACUUGCAGAAGAACAUGAAGAGAAUGAAACUUUCAGAAGAAAACUUACUUUCGGUCUGGGCAUCGCAGAAAUAUUCUGCGGUGUCAUGUUGGGCGUGUUUGGACUACUUUCCAUGAACAUGGAAGCUGCCAUGUCAUCAUUAGCUGGAGGUGUGUGGGCUGGUGGUGUUGCAGUGGCAACAGGCUUGUCAGCAAUAUGUUUAACAAAGUGCUCUAAGAAAGCAAUACAUGCUGUACUGUUUCUAUGCCUGUCAGUGGCCAGUGUCCUGACAGGAGGCUUGGCAACUGUCUUUGUAGCAACAGGACUGGCACAUGAUGCCCAGUGGCCAGCUGGGUAUUAUGUAGAUAGUGAUGGAAGAAGAGUUUUGUUUGCAGGAGACAUUGCCACAAGAGCGCCAUUGCUAGCUGUUGCAGCAGUUACAUUAACGUCGGCCAUUGCCGAUUGCGCACUGGCAGUGGCAUGCUGCAUAGUAGCAGCCCAAGAAGCAUGCCAGUGCUAUGUCUGUUCUGAUGAUGAUGAUCCAGUUGAUCAUGAUUCUAAAGUUCGACACGACCGACUGGUCACAUGGUUAGGCCAACAAGCUCUGAUCGAUUUUGUUAUGGCCAGUGGGAAAAUUCCAGAAAAUCUUAAUCCUAGUGUAAUGAAUAACAAUCCGAGUAUAAAUACUAGUGUAAGUAAUAAAUGAACGCUGAGAAAUUAAAGCAACGUCGAAAAAGAUGGCAAUUUGCUUCUUGAAAACAAAAUGAACUGUGUCUGUUUGGUUUCCACUGAAAUAAGUAGCUAAAAAAUUAGCUAAUAGAAAUAGAAAUUUGCUUUUUUUUAUGGAAAGGACAUUAAGCUAUCCAUAAAUUAUCAAAGAAAAGAAAAGAAAAUGAAAAUGAUUAAAA